UUUACCGCCUGCAGUCAGUACGCGGCAAACUAGACCAGGGUAUCAGAUCACUCAGAAAAGGCAGGCAGACAGAGAGAAGGACAGAGAGAGAGAGAGAGAGAGUGGACAGACAGGAGCUGAACCCAUUCCCCACACAUACACACACACACACACACACACACACACACACAGGGUGUCAGGUAGCAGCAACAGGUCAGAACAAUCUUCUCAUUCAUUGAAGCUGGCUGGGCUUAGCAAAGACCCCAGGAUCAUUCUGCUCACUUCAGCCAGAGAAAGAGGGCUGUGUGUAAAGGUUUAAGAACCAUUGCCUUGCCCUGGCACUGAGGAUAUCUCUCACAGUGAUUGUGCCUUGCUGAGGGUUUGUUUUGUUGGUUUUUUUGCGGCGGGACAUGCCGAAGAUGUCAGCGGAGCGCAGCCCGAAGCGGAGUGGGCUGAAGCAGCAGGUUGAAGGUGUAGGACUGAGCCAGACCAGCCGCUGCUGCUGGAGCCUGGCGAACGCACUCUGGCUUCUGCUGUCCGCCGCUUCGCUCGCGUUUUGUGUCAGCCUCAGUGUGAAGACAUCCCAGCUGGAGGAGAGGAUCCUGCACCUGGAGAACGGCAAAGGAGACACUCUGCCUUACCGUAGCCCCAGCUCAGAGGCAGAUCGGAUGCGGCUGCUCGCCCAGGACAGAGUGGAGCAACUUCUGAGCCAGAGAUCCUACGAAGACGCAGGGAAACGCAGAGUUGCAAGGGAAGCACCGACUGCAUGCAACUGUCCAGCAGGUCCUCCGGGAAAGCGAGGUAGAAGAGGUAGGAAUGGAGAACCUGGACCUCCUGUAAGUACUUUUGCUGUCUGAAUGCUCGAUGAAAUUCAUCAAGAUAAGAAUUCUUAUUUUUAUUUUAAUUGAAGAUAGAUUGCUUAGAACCC